GCUGGAGUCGGGCGGGCAGAAGGCGGAGCGCAGCGCUGCGCGGCCGGCAGCGGCAGCGACCCCGAGCGAGCGUCCGCGUCUCAGCCGCUCCCCCGCCUGCUCUGGGCAGGGGCUGUGGCGCUGACCUCCGCGGAGGCGGCGGGGGCUCAGCAUCGGGCCGGGGCCGGGGGGGCGCCGGGGCCGGGGGGCGGCGCUCCGGCCCGGCCCGGCCCCGCCCGAUGUCCAUGAGCGCGAACACCAUGAUCUUCAUGGUUCUGGGGGCGUCGAUCGUGAUGGCCAUCGCGUGCUUGAUGGACAUGAACGCGCUGUUGGACCGCUUCCACAACUACAUUCUCCCGCACCUGCGCGGCGAGGACCGCGUCUGCCACUGCAACUGUGGCCGGCACCAUAUCCACUACGUGAUCCCAUACGACGGGGACCAGUCUGUGGUGGACGCCUCCGAGAACUACUUUGUGACGGACAAUGUGACCAAGCAGGAGAUCGACCUCAUGUUGGGGCUGCUGCUGGGCUUCUGCAUCAGCUGGUUCCUUGUGUGGAUGGAUGGCGUCCUGCACUGCGCUGUGCGCGCCUGGAGGGCCGGCCGGCGCUACGAUGGCUCGUGGACCUGGCUGCCCAAGUUGUGCAGCCUGCGGGAGCUGGGCCGGCGGCCUCACAGGCCCUUCGAGGAACCCGCAGGGAACAUGGUGCACGUGAAGCAGAAACUCUACCACAAUGGCCACCCCAGCCCGCGGCACCUGUGAGCCGUGCACAGGACUCUCGGGGCCGCUGUGGGGAUAAACAAGGGACCUCGUGGAUGCCCAGUGGGCAGGAUUGCACUGCGGCCUUGGGCCCAGGGGUCCUGGGCUGGGCUGGCCAGGCUGGGGCUGCCGGGUGCGUCCAGCGGAAGGUGCUGUCUCCUCUUCUUUUUAUAAAGGGGGUCGGGUGGGGGCUGGGGUGGGGACGCCGCCAGCCUUGGGGCAGGAGCCUGGCUCCCUCGCCCUGGAGGUGCUGGGGGCCAUCUGGGGGCCUUCAGGGGACAGGCUGGGGCAGAGCUGUGCCUGUGAGAGGCCAUGUUUAAUUGAAGGCUGCUGUCUGUUUCCUGUGAAGCGCUGUCUGUCCAUCUGUCCCUCAGGGUCUGGAGGGAGGGAGGCGUGGGCCGCCGUCUGCACACGGGAGCAUGUGCAUGGGGCGUGUGCGGCUGGGGGGCGUGGAGGGGGUGCCCCAGCAUCCCAGCACCUCACUGUGAAGCCCACCCUGCUGGCCAGUAAAUUCUCCAGAAAGCUCCA